UGCUCAGCUGGGCAAGGGGGACGGGGCUCCCUCAUGUACCCUCUCGCCAGCACAGCUGGGGCUCCACUGCACAUCCCUUUACCCUCCCCAGCCUCAUCCAUGGAUUCCAUAGGGCUGGGGGGUGCUGGCGAGGCUGAUCCUGCUGGGUGGGCCACUGUGGAGGCGGCUGCACUGCCCCCAGGGCUGGUGGCUGGCGCCAGGGCUGGGUGGUUGUGUUGGGCUUGGCUGGGCUCUUACUCCGGGGGCAGCUCUGCAGGGCUUGGCGGAGCUACACGGUACCGGGGUGGUUGGGUCAUGUUGUGCUUGGCCGAGGCAGGAUCAGUGCUGCCGGGCUUGGUGGGGUUGUCCCACAGGGGAUGGUGGUGUUGGGUUUGGCAAUGUGGGGCUGGUUCUGCUGGGCUGGCCGGGCCAGUGCCGCCGGGGUACUGGGUGGGACUGGUUUUGCAACCAUAGUUUCAGUGCGAAGAGGCUCCUGUCUCCCUCGGAGGACAGGUGGGUGGGUGAAUGGUGCCGAGCCCAGCCUAGAGGGAGGAGAAGGGUUAAAGGAACUUUCCUCAUCCAGACUGGCCCCCCCGCACCGGGUCCUUGAGACUGAGACAGAGGAGUGAGCGAAGGUCCCUGCAGUGUCAGGCACAGCUUCAACGCCGACACCCAUCUUUCCUCCUGCAGCUCCAAGCGCCAGGGAGAUGCCAACCAGGACGUGCUGCCAGGGCAGCCACCAGGGCUCAGUGUGUCCAUGAGGCCAACAGGGCACAGCUGGGGUGGGUGGCCGGGCAGCGACAGGUCUUGCAGGGCAGAGGCAAGAGGAGAAGCUCACCAUGGAGUUCACAGUGAUCGACUACAGCAUCUUCGCGCUGCUGCUGUUGCUGUCAUCAGCCAUCGGGCUCUUCUAUGCACUGAGCGGGGGCCGGCAGCGCACGGUGCAGGAAUUCCUCCUGGCCAACCGCAACAUGGGUUUCCUGCCUGUCGCCCUCUCCCUGCUUGCCACUUUCCAGUCGGCCGUGGCAAUCCUGGGCGUGCCGGCUGAGAUCUACCACUUCGGCACCCAGUACUGGUUCCUCGGCUGCUCCUACUUCCUGGGGCUACUCAUCCCAGCACACAUCUUCAUCCCCGUCUUCUACCGUUUGCGCAUCACCAGCACCUAUGAGUACCUGGAGCUGCGCUUCAAUAAGACGGUGCGGAUCUUCGGCACCAUCACCUUUAUCUUCCAGAUGGUCAUCUACAUGGGGGUGGUACUCUAUGCGCCUGCGCUGGCUCUCAAUGCAGUGACGGGCUUUGACCUCUGGAGCGCAGUGCUCACCAUGGGGCUGGUCUGCACGCUAUAUACGACAUUGGGCGGGCUGAAGGCUGUCAUCUGGACCGACGUCUUCCAGACCCUGGUGAUGUUCGCUGGGCAGCUGGCCGUCAUCGUGGUGGGCGCCCAGCGGGUGGGUGGCAUGGCUCGUGUCUGGCACCUGGCCGAGCAAGAGGGCAAGAUCUCUGGCAUCGACCUGAACCCCGACCCCUUUGAACGGCACACCUUCUGGACCCUGGCAGUGGGGGGAGUCUUCAUGAUGCUGUCGCUGUAUGGGGUGAACCAGGCACAGGUGCAGCGGUACCUCAGCUCCCGCAGCGAGCGGGAGGCCAAGCUCUCCUGCUAUGCCGUGUUCCCCUGCCAGCAGAUCGUCCUCUGCCUCAGCUGCCUCACCGGCCUCGUCAUGUUCGUCUAUGACCGGGAGCAUACGCUGGCACCCGGCAACCGCCCCAAGUCAUCCGACCAGCUGGUGCUGUACUUCGUGAUGGAUGUGCUGCAGGACCUCCCGGGGCUGCCCGGGCUCUUUGUUGCCUGCCUCUUCAGCGGGUGCCUCAGCACCAUCUCCUCUGCCUUCAACUCGCUGGCCACGGUGACAAUGGAGGACCUGGUCCGGCCGCACUGCCCACGGCUGUCGGAGGCGCAGGCCACGCUGCUCUCCAAGCUUCUGGCUCUUGGCUAUGGAUUACUGUGCCUGGGGAUGGCCUACAUGUCCUCCAUGCUGGGCCCCGUGCUGCAGGCUGCUAUCAGCAUCUUCGGCAUGGUGGGAGGUCCGCUUCUGGGGCUCUUCUGCCUCGGCAUGUUCUUUCCCUGUGCCAACCCCACGGGUGCUGUCGUGGGGCUGCUGGCCGGCUUGGCCAUGGCCUUCUGGGUGGGCAUUGGAAGCCUGGUGCGCAGCAUGGGGGCAGCAGCAGGGACCCCCCCACCCAACAGCACCAUGCUCCCCACCAUGGGCAACCUCACCACCAUCCUCGCCACUACCCUGUUGGCCCCCACGGAGGCCCCUAAGAGCCCCACAGGGCUGCAGAAGUUCUACAGCCUGUCCUACAUGUGGUACAGUGCCCACAACUCCACCACUGUCAUCGUGGUGGGGCUCCUGGUCAGCCUGCUUACCGGCCCCACACCGGCAGCAUCUGUGGACCCCCGCACCAUCUACCCUGUGCUGCCUCACCUGCUCUGCUGCCUGCCCCGGAAGUACCGGCAGAAGCUCUGCUGUGGGGUGGGCUUCCCUGACGAGAACGCCGACACUGUGGAUGCAGUGGUGAAGACCAACGGGGUGCCCAAUGGUUUGCCCCUCCCCGGCCCUGGGCAGCAGGAGCAAGAGGAAGGACAGGGCUACAUUCGUGCAGCUGGGUCCCCUGCCUACGCUGUGCAGGAAACCUCCUUCUGAGCCUACCCCCCUUGGCAUGGGGGUCCCAGACACCCCCCAAGCCGUUCCCCAGUGCCCCCCUGGCCAGGGGG